AUGUCCGAUUUGACUGCAGAAUUAGGGUUUGACCCAUCAUUAAAGAAAAAAAAGAAAACUAAAAAGACUAUUUCCGCUCAGGAUUUCGAUUCAGUGGUAGGCAACAAGACAGAAGGUACUUCAGUCCCCACCAAUACUUCCAGUUCCACCACAAAUGAUGAAGAUUUAUUUGUGGGCUUAAAAAAGAAAAAGAAGAAGAUUCCAGCCAGUUUUGAUGCAGCCGUUGAAAAUGAAAAAACAGAAAGUUCACCAGCCCCAUCUUCUUCUGAUGCUCAACUGGACGAUAUAACUAAUAGCUUGGGUGAUUUAAGCUUAAAAAAAAAGAAGAAGAAGAAGAAGGCCCCAUCUAAUUUAGAAGACUUUGAUAAAGCUUUGGAAAAAGCUGGUAUCGAUGUAUCCGCCACCAGCGAACAAGGAACUCCAGAACUAAGCUCCACUACUAGUAGUACUGCUAGUAGUAGCAUCCAAGAAACUGUUGGUUUACCAUAUAAAGAUUUAUUAACCAGGUUUUUCAAUAUUUUAAGAGCAAACAACCCAGAGUUGGCUGGUGAAAGAACUGGUACUAAAUUUAGAAUUCCACCCCCAGUAUGUCAAAGAGAUGGUAAGAAGAGUAUUUUUGUUAAUAUCCAAGAAAUUUCUGAAAAAUUACAAAGAAACCCAGAACAUUUAAUCCAAUAUUUGUUUGCAGAAUUAGGUACUUCUGGUAGUGUUGAUGGUCAAAAGAGAUUGGUUAUUAAAGGUAAAUUUCAAAGUAAGCAAAUGGAAGGUGUUUUAAGAAGGUAUAUCAUUGAAUAUGUUACCUGUAAAACUUGUAAGAGUAUUAAUACUGAAUUGAAGAAGGAACAAUCCAAUAGAUUAUUCUUUUUGGUUUGUAAGAGCUGUGGUUCUACUAGAUCUGUAUCCUCUAUUAAGAGUGGGUUUCAAGCUACAGUUAAAAGAAUCAAGAAAUAA